UCCCUCUCUCUCUCCAGUCACACAUACUCUCACUCUCUCACUCUCUCUCUCUCUCUCUCUCACUCUCCCUCUCUCCCUCGCGCCGUCGUGCCCACAUUAAUCCUCCUCCACUCACUCUGAGCUUUCAGCGCUGAACCCGUCGCUCUUCUGGACACUGACUACAAACCAGCCGACCCUCUUUAUCCCCCCAGACUGGAUCCACACGAGAGAUUACACUCAAACUUCUUCUUUGUCGGGGCUGAUUCAGAGGGAGAGCGCAGAACAGUGACAGUGCCCGGCGGAGCCACACUGACGGAGGGGCUUCACUCCGAGGCUGGAUAUGUUUACCGUUAACGGUCGUUUAUGAGGCAGAAAGGUGAGUUUGAUACAGAAAUACAGACCUCAGUCUGCGCACGGUCGGCUCGCAGGGGACGCCGAGGAGCACCGAGCAUCGAGAUGAUUGUUUCCAUGGCAAAGUUUCUGAGGUAGCUUCACAAACUGCCGCGGGGUUUUUCUCCUAAAAAGCCGCUGAAGUUUCCCACCUGCGAGGACCGGGCAUGGCGACCGGGCGCUGCUGCCGCUGAACCCGAGGCCUGUCGGUGAUCAGAUUGAUGCUGAAGAUGGAGCCCAGUUUGCUGGGAUCAGUGUGGCUCCCGCUUUUGAUCCUGCUCACUGGAGUGACGUUAGGAGUGGUGGAGUUGGAGCCGUUAUCUCAGGAUCACGCUGGAGCAUCUUCUCUCAGGAACAUCACUCUGGCCGUUAUCUUACCGCACCAGAACACGGAGUACCCAUGGGCCUGGCCUCGAGUGGGCCCUGCUCUCUACUGGGCCCUGGAGAAGGUGAACUCUAACCCCACCCUGCUGCCAGGGUACCACAUGCAGCUGGUCUUCAGCAGCAGCGAAAACAAGGAGGGCCUGUGCUCGGACUCAGUGGCACCCCUAGUGGCCGUGGACCUGAAGUUCGCCCAUGAUCCGUGGGCCUUUAUCGGGCCGGGAUGCGACUAUGCUUCCUCACCCGUGGCCCGCUUCACCACGCACUGGGAGGUUCCCAUGGUGACGGCUGGAGCCCCAGCAAUUGGCUUUAACAUGUACUCAUCCAUCACCAAUACGGGGCCCACGCACAAGAAACUGGGCGAAUUUGUGGUGAGGAUGCACCACAACUUUGGCUGGCACAAGCACGCCACUGUCAUGUUUCACGACAAAAAGAACGACGACCGGCCGUGCUACUUCGCCGUGGAAGGGCCGUACGCAGAGAUGACCGCAGACAACAUCACAGCGAAGGACAUGGUGUUUAAUGAGGAUGAAGAAUCACUGUCCUACGCGGAUCUUAUCAGUGAUAUUAGCCAGCGAGGACGUGUGGUGUACGUGUGCUGUAAGUGGGACACGUUCCGGAAGUUGAUGGUGCAGUUUUAUAAGCAGAGGCUUCCCCAGGAGGAGUACGUCUUCUUCUUCAUCGAUCUGUUCGGAGAGAGCGUGCAGAGUCGCCCGGCGCAACCAUGGAAACGAGGAGACGCUGACGACGAGGCGGCCAAGCAGGCCUUUAAAAGUGUGAAGAUUCUGACCUACAGAGAACCUCAGAACCCUGAAUAUAAAACCUUUGUGUCGAAGCUGAAGACGGAUGCCAAGAAGAUGUUCAACUUCAGUGUCGAAGACUCGCUGAAGAACCUGAUUGCUGGAGGCUUUCAUGACGGAGUGCUCUUAUACGCUUAUGCCUUGAACGAGUCGAUGAACCAAUCAGGACUGCAGCCACCGGGUCAUGUGGUCACCAAGAAGAUGUGGAACCGCACUUUUAACGGUGUCACAGGCCUGUUGAAGAUGGACGAGAACGGCGACUGUGAAAUCGAUUUUGCUCUCUGGGACAUGACGGACACAGACUCAGGAGUUUAUGAGAUCGUGUCUGUGUAUAACAGCAGUGUGAAGCAGAUGGUUCUGGAGCCGGGGAUGAAGGUCCACUGGCUGAAGGGCACUCCUCCUCCUGACAUCCCUCCAUGUGGCUUUAAGAACGACAACCCUGCCUGUCUCGCCAAAACGGUCACUAUGCACCAGAUGAUCUCCAUAGUUGUGUGCUUCAUCUUCAUCAUCAUCGUUACGGUCACAGUCUUUAUCUACAGAAAGGUGAAGCUGGAGAACGAGUUGGCCGCUCAGCUUUGGAGGGUUUACUGGGAUGACAUUCAGAUAAGCAACUUGGACAAGGCGCUGCGCCGAGCCUGCAGCAGGCUGACCCUGUCACUGAGGGGCUCCAAUUAUGGCUCGCUGCUGACCAUGGAGGGAAACGUUCAGAUUUAUGCCAAAACCUGCUACUACAAGGGAAACAUUACAGCCAUUAAGUAUGUCAACAAGAAACGCAUCGAGCUCACCAGGAAAGUGCUGUUUGAACUCAAACAUAUGCGUGAUGUACAGAAUGAAUACCUGAACAGGUUUAUUGGAGCCUGUAUUGAUGCUCCUAAUACCUGUAUUCUGACUGAGUACUGUCCCCGGGGCAGCCUGCAGGACCUGAUGGAGAUUGAGAGCAUCACAUUGGACUGGAUGUUUCGCUAUUCUCUGAUUAAUGACAUUGUUAAGGGUAUGGCAUUCCUCCACAACAGUGUGAUCAUCUCCCAUGGCAACCUGAAGUCCUCCAACUGUCUGGUAGACAGUCGCUUUGUGGUGAAGAUCACAGACUACGGCCUGACCAGCUUCCGCAAGGAGAGCAACUUGGAGGACACACACGCUUUCUACGCACGAAAGCUGUGGACAGCUCCAGAGCUGCUGCGUGAUGAGAACAGGCCGCCCUGUGGUACGCAGAAGGGAGAUGUGUACAGCUUCGGCAUCAUCCUACAGGAACUGGCUCUGCUCAAAGGAGUCUUCUACCUGGAUGGCCCACCUCUCAGCCCUAAAGAGAUUGUGGAGCGAGUAGCUGAAGGCCGCUGGCCGUAUCUGCGUCCACUUCUGUGCUCACAGAGCCACAGUGAGGAGCUGGGCCAGCUGAUGCAGCGCUGCUGGUCAGAGGACGUCAACGAGAGGCCAGAUUUUCACCAAAUCAAAGUGCUGCUUCACAAGCACAACAGAGGCUACGGCUCCAACAUCCUGGAUAACCUACUGUCUCGCAUGGAGCAGUACGCUAAUAACCUGGAGGAGCUGGUGGAGGAGAGGACGCAGGCGUACCACGAGGAAAAACGCAAAGCUGAAGCGCUGCUCUAUCAGAUCCUGCCUCAUUCAGUGGCAGAGCAGCUGAAAAGAGGAGAGACCGUCCAGGCUGAGGCCUUUGACUCUGUCACCAUCUACUUCAGCGAUAUUGUGGGUUUCACCGCGCUGUCAGCGGAGAGCACACCUAUGCAGGUGGUGACUUUACUGAAUGACCUCUACACAUGUUUUGAUGCCAUCAUUGACAACUUUGACGUUUACAAGGUGGAGACGAUUGGCGAUGCGUACAUGGUGGUGUCUGGACUUCCUGUGCGGAACGGGAAGCUGCAUGCCCGGGAGAUUGCCCGCAUGUCUCUUGCCCUGCUGGAGGCCGUCUACUCCUUCAGGAUCCGCCAUCGGCCUGACCUACAGCUGCGGCUGCGCAUCGGCAUCCACACCGGUCCUGUGUGUGCUGGUGUUGUUGGGCUGAAGAUGCCAAGGUAUUGUUUGUUUGGGGACACAGUAAAUACAGCUUCACGCAUGGAAUCAAAUGGGGAAGCGCUGAAGAUCCACGUGUCGGAGGCCACACGUGCAGUGCUGCAGGAGUUCAACUGCUUCCAGCUGGAGCUGAGAGGAGACAUAGAAAUGAAAGGCAAAGGGAGGAUGAGGACCUACUGGCUUCUGGGAGAAAGCACCUCCAACCACGCUUGAACAGAACAGAGAGCGGAGAACCGAGAAAUCAGCUUUCUCCUGAGAGAAGAGGGGCCGACAGAAGAUAUAUACAA